CUCCUCCUCGCGUUAGUUCCAGUCACAGAGGAGACACCGCUGCAGUUGCCGCCACAUCGGGGAUUUCAGGCUCUUUUCUCUUCGCCUUAAAUUCGGGUGUCUUUUAUGAAUAAUCAAAAGCAGCAAAAGCCAACGCUAUCAGGCCAGCGUUUUAAAACCAGAAAAAGAGAUGAAAAAGAGAGGUUUGACCCUACUCAGUUUCAAGACUGUAUUAUUCAAGGCUUAACUGAAACUGGUACUGAUUUGGAAGCAGUAGCUAAAUUUCUUGAUGCUUCUGGAGCAAAACUUGAUCACUGUCGAUAUGCAGAAACACUCUUUGAUAUUCUGGUGGCUGGUGGAAUGCUGGCCCCAGGUGGUUCAUUGGCAGAUGACAUGAUGCGUACAGAUGUCUGCGUGUUUGCAGCACAAGAAGACCUAGAGACCAUGCAAGCAUUUGCUCAGGUUUUUAACAAGUUAAUCAGGCACUACAAAUACCUGGAGAAAGGUUUUGAAGAUGAAGUAAAAAAGCUGCUGCUGUUUUUAAAGGGUUUUUCAGAGUCGGAGAGGAACAAGCUGGCUAUGUUGACUGGUGUUCUUCUGGCUAAUGGAACACUUAAUGCAUCCAUUCUCAAUAGCCUUUAUAAUGAGAAUCUGGUUAAAGAAGGGGUUUCAGCAGCUUUUGCUGUAAAGCUCUUUAAAUCAUGGAUAAAUGAAAAAGAUAUCAAUGCAGUAGCUGCAAGUCUUCGGAAAGUCAGCAUGGAUAACAGAUUGAUGGAACUCUUUCCUGCCAAUAAGCAAAGCGUUGAACACUUCACAAAGUAUUUUACUGAAGCGGGCUUGAAAGAGCUUUCAGAGUAUGUUCGGAAUCAGCAAACCAUAGGAGCUCGGAAGGAGCUCCAGAAGGAACUUCAAGAGCAGAUGUCCCGUGGCGAUCCAUUCAAGGAUAUAAUUUUGUAUGUCAAGGAGGAGACGAAAAAAAACAACAUUCAUUUCAUGAAAGCCUUCCAGAAAAUAGUGGUGCUUUUUUAUAAAGCUGAAGUCCUGAGUGAAGAGCCCAUUCUGAAGUGGUAUAAAGAUGCACAUGUUGCAAAGGGAAAAAGUGUCUUCCUUGAGCAAAUGAAAAAGUUUGUAGAAUGGCUCAAAAAUGCUGAAGAAGAAUCUGAGUCUGAAGGUGAAGAAGGUGACUGAAUUUUGAAACUACACCCUCAGUAAAGCAAACAGGAGUUGUAGAUAAAAUGUCAUGUCUCGUGUCCUGGUUCUUACAUCUUCCUACCUCCCUAUAUCAAGCAUGAUAUAAGGGCUUUCAUGGCAAAUUUUAUUUUAACUGUUUCUAUGGUUACUGGAAAUGUUGAGUUUAGUUUCUAAAACCAUGUUUUAAGUAGCUACAGGAGCUAUAGAUUUGAAUCUAAUGCCACAUUAGUCUUUUCAGUUAUCUUCUACCUCCUGUAUUUUCUACUGUAAUAAUGUAAUUUAAGGCCUUCCACAAUGAACCGUUCACUUUAUUCCCUGGGUUUUCUAUAAACAGUUUUCAAGAUAUGAUUUGGUUAAAAAUAAUUUGUUAUAAAAAUUCGGUUUGCAAGUUAAACUGUAAAAGCAUCCAAAGUCUCAAAAGGCAAUGAUUUGUGUGAUAAUUUGAUAUGCCCAGAGCCCUACUCAUCAAUGAAAAUCUCAUCUACAGUAAUUGAAUUCAUUAACAUGAAUCUUGAGUAUUUAGACC